AUGAGUUCAAAAUCAUCAAGUAGUCUACAUGCUCCAGAAGAAAAAUCAAAAAAUGAAGAAAGUGAGAGUCAAGAUGUGCCAUUAGAUAUAAGCAAUGAUGAAAGUUCAAGUUCAGAUGUCGUUAUUAGUAAAAAAACAACUAAAAGACGAGAAAAUCCAAAAUCCAACAAAGCAAGAGUAAAGCGUAAGCGAAAUCGCCAACAAACUCCACGAAAUCCAAGUAUAUCAGACUCAGGAUCGUCAGAAGACAACAAAAAUGAGCAGAAAGAACAACCAAAGCCGAUAUCUGAACCAAUUAAUCCACCUGCAGAAUCAGCAAAAGAAAAUCCGAGAAUUAUUUCUUCAAAACCUCAAGAAGAUGACGCAGUAAGUAUAGUUAUUUCUCAACCAGAGCCAGUUAAGUCGAUUUCUUACGCAUUGAUCCGCAAAAAAUCACGUCUGAAAGCAGUUUUUACUUUUGAAUUUACAAAAGUACCUUUAGAAAAUGAAGUGCAAGCAGCACAAGGCGAUGAAGUUAUUAUUUCUGCUAAGUGCAAAGGUAGACACCCUAAAAGUGCAAUAGCAAUCAAAAAUGGACCAGAAGUACAUAUGUCACAGCCUUGCGAUCUUUACAUGAUCCCAGAAAACUCAUCGACUGAGUUUAAAUUGAGAAAAUCUGCUAUUGAUGGUCCAAUAUUAAUGUCUGCUCAAGUAACUCAUAAUAUGCAAAAUUUACUUCGUCCUAGACUAAUUACUAUCAAUAUUGAAGAGGAAUCUGGCAUUCCUAAGCAAGUAUUAGUAACCAGAACGCCAAAAAUGCUUAGAAAUGGUAUGUUUGCUCUGGAUUUUCACAACCAUUUUACACUUCCAAGCGAAAAGAAUGCCAUAUUCUUUGACCAAUCCAAAGGACAGAACUCACCUGAUCUUUGUUCAGUCAGAAAAACUGGUACUGACACUUUGGAGAUAAUCGCCAGUGAAAAGCUUCCUGAUUUGAUCGUUUUCAGCAUCGGGCUUAUCAUGUAUACGGCUAAUCUUGAUGUUUGA